AUGCGACUCCUCACCAUCCUCACACCGCUCUUCUCACUCCUCCCCCUUGCACUAUCCCUCUCAUCAGACCAAGAGCACUGGGCAGAAUUAUCUUCGAAAUCCAAAGACGGAGUAAUCAAGCUUGAUUCUCAAUCAUAUCAUGAACUGUUGGCGGACGAUAGGGAAUAUUCAGUAUCGGUGGUAUUGACUGCGCUUCCCGCUCAGUUCAAAUGUCAGCCUUGUCACGACUUCGACCCUUCAUUCCAUCAAGUCGCAGCAUCAUGGAAACGUAAACCCAAACACGUGAGGGAUCAACAUUUCUUUGCGAAAUUGGAUUUCCAAGAUGGGCAAGCAGUCUACCAAGAGCUUGGUUUGACCUCAGCUCCAACAGUCAUGUUCCACCCUGCGUUGAAUGGGCCAAAUAAGAGUAACAAAUUGAGUGUUAUCACCUAUGAGAUGAACAGGAAUGGUCUUACGGCUCCACCUCUGCAUUCAUUCCUCCUCAAUCUCGUUCCCGAACCAUUCGCAUUAUACAAACCUAUCAAUCCCCUGCACUACAUCGCAGUCCCCAUUUCACUCAUCGCCAUCACCGUCUCUCUCUAUUCCAUGCGGAAAAUACUCGUACCAUUGAUUCAAUCAAGGUUGGUUUGGGGAAGUCUAUCCAUCAUAUUGAUUUUAACGUUCACUUCCGGACAUAUGUGGAACAAAAUCAAGAAUGCCCCGUACGUUGCCGCUGGACCUAAUGGACAGAUCUCAUGGAUUGCUGGUGGGUAUAGUAAUCAGUUGGGCCUGGAGAGUCAGGUGGUAGCUGGUAUAUACGGUCUUCUAGGAUUUUCAAUCAUCGCUCUAACAGUCCUUAUCCCCGCUCAAUCAUCACCCAUCAAACAACGUGUUGGAGUUUACCUCUGGCUGGGAAUGUUGAUAAUCGUUUUCAGUCUUUUGAUUAAAUUGUUUAGAAUGAAAAAUGGUGGUUAUCCUUUCGCUUUGCUUUUUUAG